AUGGGUGUCACAAAAUACGUUUUAGUCGACGGCAGUGGUGACCAUCCAGCCCCAAAUGACAAGGUGAGGGCGCCAUACUUAUGCUACCUAUGGGGCGGCCAAAAUCAGCAGAGCUACCACGAAGAAAAACAGCUUAUUAUCCACGGAGACCAGGGUUACAAAGAAUUCCGUAUUGAGGACGGAAGCGUGAUUUCUGGUAGAUUCAAGGAGGGCGUCUCUCAUAUGAGGCUCGGUGAAAAAAGCUUGCUUUUUAUCACUAGUGACUGCGCAUAUGGUGAUAACAUCGUUCAUAUAGAGAGUAUUACCCGGGCGAAGCCUAGUUUGGGGAUAUAUGGCUGCACUUUCAAAGGUUGCUUUUGCCUCUUUGGUAAUCCCAACGCCUGGGUUACUCAUGAAAGCGAAAACCACUCUGUACGAGAGAGCUGGCGGUGCCCCGUGGGUAUUGAGAGUGGAAAAGAAUGUGCGAGACUAUUUGAACGUUCUCAAGGAUUUAAACAACAUCUAAAGGAGGACCAUAAGCUUGAAUUAGAGGAAGAGUUUAUUAACAUCUGCUAUAUUGGAGGUGAUUAUCAGCGUCGGUUUUGGUGUGGCUUCUGCAGAAAGGCUUAUCCAGUAGUGGAAGAGGGGUUUGCAGCAAUAGCUGAGAGACGCAGGCAUAUCUGUGGCCACUUUGAGGAUGGGCAGAGUAUUAUAGAGUGGGUGGAUGCUGGAGGUUACGAGCCAAAUUGGGCCAGUGCUUCUGACGGGGUAUUCCAAGUUGUUGGCUUUCCCCCGUUUGAGUGUGCGAUUCUUAAAGAGGGGGUGAUAUCCAAGGCUCGAGCUACUGGAUAUUAA